UUUUUUGCCAUGUUUCGCCGAGUGGUCACGCUGCGCCGCGCCGUGGGCUCGCGCGCGUACGGCGAGAACAAGAAGGUCUUCCAGCGCAAGCUCAAGCAGUUUAAAGCCAUCGACAGCGACGAGCUCCUCGCGCCGAGCCUCUUUGAGAAUCGCAUCAUCCUCGUCGCCAACACGGCGUCCAAGUGUGGCUUCACGCCGCAGCUCGGCUCGAUGCAAAAGCUCUAUGCGCAGCUCAAGGACCGAGGGCUCACGGUCCUCGCCGUGCCCUCCAACGACUUUGGCGGCCAAGAGCCUGGCGACGAGAAAGAAGUCGAGGCUUUCUACCGCACCGAGUACAAGGUCGAGUUCCCGAUCACGUCCAAGGUCAAGGUCCUCGGGCCCGAGGCGCACCCGUUCUUUGUCGCGCUGGAGGAGCACUACACGUCCGAAGUCGCGCCGACGUGGAACUUUGACAAAUUUGUGAUCGACCAGACGGGCGACCUGCGCGCCGUGUACCCCAACGACGUCGACCCGCUCGAGCCCGAGGUCGUCGAGAUGCUCUCGAACCUCCUCGAUAGCUUGCCUCAAAACAAGCCGCCCGCCGCGUCGUAAUCAAAAGGCAUCC